AUGCGUUCUGCCAUCGCUCUCUCCGUCGCUGCCCUCGCGGGCUCUGCGCUCGCCGCUCCCUCCUACGGUGGUUACGGCAACCAGCACAAGCACGUCAAGAACGUCCACGUUGUCGUCGAGACCGUCGUCAAGACUGUCUACGUCACUGAGGGUUACGAAGUUCCCCAGCCCACCAAGUCUGUCAGCGCUGUCUACCAGGCCCCGGCCAAGCCCACCAUGGUCUACGAGCCAGCCAAGCCCAGCAGCUCUGCCGUCUACGUAGCUCCUCCCCCAGCGCCCACCAGCGAGGCCCCCAAGCCUACCACCACCGAGGCUGCAUACACUCCUGCCCCUGAGCCCACCAGCUACGAGGCUGCUCCUCCCGCUCCUUCCAGCGAGGCCCCCAAGCCAACUACCGCAGCUGCACCUGCCCCCUCAGCCCCCGCUACCGGUGGCUACAUGGACAUUGUCUCUGAGUGGCGCGCCAAGAUGGGCAUGAAGGCCCUUGAGUGCGACCCUAAGCUCGAGUCCAACGCCAUGAACGUUGUCGUUGAGGGCAACGGUGUUAUGAAGCACAAGCUCAACCCCGGAACCUACGGCCAGGUCCUCGCCCCCGGCAAGCCUGACAUGGAGUCCUUCCUCUCCGUCUUCGUCGGUGGCUGGCUCUGCGAGAUCCCCACUCUUCCCGGUCUUGACGGCGUCUGCAGCACCAUGUCCAAGGGCUGGAGCUACGAGGGCCAGACCGGCCACGCUGAGAUCCUCACUUCCGACAAUUACUCCAAGAUCGGAUGCCAGAACCACGAGGGUAUCUGGUGCUGCGAUCUUGCAUAA